AUGAAUAAGGUCCCUACUCGAGUCGAUGGCAGAUUUAGGCUGGGAAAUGUUCUGGGGUCUGGCUCAUAUGCUGUUGUGUACCAUGCACAAAACUUCAUCAAGGAUGAUUCAGUAGCUGUCAAACUUGAACCCAUCAUCAACCACUUGUCCUCUGUGUGGAAUGAAUACAAGAUUCUGAAACAACUUGCAGGCGGAGUUGGGAUCCCCCGUGUCUUUUGGUUUGGCAGAGAAUCAACAUACCAUGCUUUGGUUCUUGACUUCCUUGAGCCGUUGUUGCAUGAUAUCUUCAUUGCGCAUGAUCGAAGAUUCAGCCUUCACAAUGUUGUGAAUCUAGGAAACCAGUUGCUCUCAUGUCUCGAAUACAUCCACUCACACAAUUUUGUUCAUGGUGACAUCAAACCCCAGAAUAUCUUAGUGGGUCUUAAUGAUUUGAAGCACACCACCUUCAUCAUUGACUUUGGUAUUGCAAAGGAGUACUGCAAUACUUCAACCAGAACCCAUAUACCAUUUUGCCAAGGUCGUUGUCUCACCAGUACACCUGCAUUCGCCUCAAUCAACAGUCACUUAGGAGUCGAGCUGGGUCAUCGGGAUGAUCUUGAGUCCCUCACAUAUACGCUGAUAUAUUUCUUGUGUGGCUCCCUCCCAUGGUUAACCAGCGAUCAUGAGAAGCUCUCCAACUCUUCCAUGAUUGAGUGCAAAGUAAAUACUACUGUUGAAGUUUUAUGUCAUGGAAUUCCCAUCGAGUUCGCAAGUCUUCUGAUUUACACAUGCUCACUUGCAUUCUCGGAGGAUCCUGACUAUGACUAUCUUCAUUCAUUACUUCAUGCCUCUGCCCACAUAAUAGCCCUGGGCCACUACCUGCAACCGCUUCCACUCCACACUGCACCAAGGAACGUGUUGUUGGAUGAAUCAUGA